AUGAGGCUCAGUAACAGAGACAAUGAGGUUGCUGCCCUAAAAAUUAUUAAAAAUGUAGAGAAGUACCGAGAAGCGGCCAAACUUGAGAUUAAUGUCCUAGAAUUCAUGCACAGUAAAGACCCUGAGGGGACAUUCUUAUGUGUGAAAUUCUUUGACUACUUCGACUACCAUGGACACAUGUGUCUGAGCUUCCAGAUGCUGGGCAUCAGUAUAUUUGACUUUAUGGCUGCACAAAUGGUGCUAGAAAAACUUGGCUGGUCUCAACCUUGUGAUGUGUGGAGUAUAGGCUGCAUUCUCUUUGAGCUGUACACAGGGUUUACACUAUUCCAGACACAUGACAACAGAGAGCAUUUAGCAAUGAUGGAGAGGAUACUGGGUUCCUUGCCCUACAGAAUGACCAAGAAGACAAAAAAACAGAAGUAUUUCUAUCAUGGCCAGUUAGACUGGAAUGAGAAAAGUGAACCAGGAAGAUAUGUGAAAAACAACUGCAAACCUCUUGGGCGCUACAUGGUCUGCGACUCUGACGGGGACAUGAACCUCUUCAAUUUAAUCGAACGCAUGCUGGAAUACGACCCAUCGUCCAGAAUCACACUCAAGGAGGCGCUGGAGCACCCGUUCUUUUCGACGCUUCCUGAUUCUCAGAAGCUUCCAAUGGAGUCAAAAAACGAGGAUCGUGAGCGCUCACAUAGUCUGAGUAGAUAGCCGACCUUUGACCUCAGAAAUUGUGUUAGGUGUGAUAUUGAGACAUUUUGAGGGUCGCAGCAGAUCGUUGUCUUAGGAGAGAGAUACAAAAAUUGAUACUUCAGAUAAAAUCCUUUUUUUUUUUUUUUUUUUUUUGCUCAAAGUGGAACUUUUUUUUUUCAAUCUAUAAACAUCACAGCCCCUGCCAGUGCCAGUAAAGAAUUCUACCACCCUCAUUGUAUACUCGAGUUCACAUAAGAAACUUCACACUCAUACUGUUGAUCCACAUAUUUUCUGCCUCCUGGCUUUCAAUUUCUGACACAUGAUUAAUUUCACCCUUUGUCUUUUGGCAUGUCUUCCUUGACUGUGUAUUAAUUAUGACUAUAUCCAUAUUCCAUUUUGUAUUAAGUAACCAAAAUAAAACAAAAUAAAUAUAUAAAAAUGACCUCUUGGAUAUAUUGUCUCACAUUUACUGCUGCCCUCUUUUGGUGCACAGUUUGGUGCUAUUAGUUUUAUGAAAAAACUUCACAUGAAAUGCAUAUAUUAACCGUAUUAAAUGCAUAAGGAAGACUAGUCAAACCCAUUACUGUGAUAGUAAUAUUUUAAGUAUAAUUUUAAUUCAACAGUUGAGGGGUGUGGAUUUUUCUCCAGUUUGCAGGCACUGGCAGGUAAAGAUAGUAUUUUAAAAAGAAAAUUUGAAACCCAAAAUUGGCAUCAAAAAGAUUGAACAUGUUUUUCAAUGGGUUAAAAAAUUAAUUUGAAAAAAAUUUGGUUUCAGAACUCAUAAAAACAAAUUUAUUCUGGCUUCUCCAAAAUGUCAGUUUUAUUUUUAGUUUAUACUUUUGUAAAAAAAAAAUCUCCUUUUUUUGCGACCGAGAUGAAUAGACGAAAAAGUGACAACUACCAAAGGAAAAAUGACAAUAGCUAUGCUACGAAACACCAUGUCAGCGCUCACAGAAAUCCUCAUGUAACCAAUGUAAAUUAAAGUAUUGGUGAUAACUCAUAUAAACUAUUAUCAUAAUUAUAUUGAAUUUUUGUAACCAGUUGAACGUUGUGUUGCUAGGAGACGUGUAUUAACAAACCAAGGGACACAUUGCAAUACGAGACGAGAGGAAACUUAAGAGGAGAAAAAUAUAUAUAUAUAUACAUACACAUAUUCUACAGGCGCUGUAUUUGUUUUACCUUUAUCCUAAAUUCAACAGCAGGCUAUCACCCAAGGCAAAUUCAGACCAGUUUUAAAUUUAAACCUUAGCGAGUGUUCAAUGCAUCACCAUCUGCUGUGGUUGAAUUAUUCCAUGGUACCUCUGAGUAAAAUGGUCAAAAGUCUCUUCUGGGACAGUCUUUUGUUGAACAUCUGAACAGAGGUCUAUAUCCGUGGUAUGGUAAUGCACAUCUCUGGUGGUGGUGGUGCUUUAUGCCAGAGUAGGUUUAAUUUGGAACUGGUGUGAGUGUACCCAGAGUUACCAGCAUGACAGUACUCAAAAUGUAAUCUUUUGUGCAACAUCCUAUGAACAGAAAGUUACUUACAGGAGUCUGUCAAAAUGAUACAAAAAAACAGGCCACCUGUUGAUGCAUUUUCUUGUCCCAGCCCCAGAAAAUUAACUACACCAAUGACAUCUGUUGGCAGCUUUGCACACCAAAGCUGUAUCUUAUUGAAUGAAUUUGGUGUAGUUUUGGUGAGGAAUUUUUUUCCUUAUAGAUCUGUAAAAAAUAUUGGACACCUUAACUGCAUUUAUAAGUAGUUCAGAAUUAUUUAAAAGGUGUGACAUAUCACUUCCCAACUCUUUAGUUCAUUAUUUGUAUUGUCUGAAUUAGAAUUUUUUAAGACGGAGAAAAAUCACAUAAUCAUUGUACUUUUCCCUAGACAUGAGGAAAAGCAAAAAUUGCUUACUUAGUUUUAAGAUAGAAUUUAUGUUGAAUGCUUUUCUCUAGUCUGAAAAAGAAACUGUGUAUUGUUUUUUUUUUAUGCACAGCUAUGUGGUUAUUGUAGUCAAGUGGACCUAAAUGAAAUGCUCCAUUUAUUAUUAAAUUAAGUAAUUAUAUAUUGAACAAACAAUUAUUUACUCCAAAUAAAACUUAAAUGAUGUUCUUAGUAGUUUUAAAGGUCUAAAACUACAGCAGUGGCAUGUAUUCAUAAAAAACAGUCCCAUAAUCUUCUUGUUUAUAGAAUGUACUGUAAUGGAAUUAAGUUAUUAUUUAAAGGUUGCAAGUUUUAGUCCAUGUGUUUUCUGUAUAUAGUCUGUAUUAGAGCAGUGCUGCCGUAGUCGAAUAUCGAUCUAGGUUUGCUUCUUAUGGAAUGCAACUAGUGCUUCGAGAUAUUUUAAGCACCAUUUAAUAUAAAUCCUGUGAAUAGAAUGGUGCUAAAACCCACCAAGCUCACUUAUAAAGCUAUCAUUAUGUUGAAUAUGGCUGCUGGAUUUUCCUUUUGUAGUUGUGGACAAGUUGUAAAUGGCAACACCAGUCAUGUUUCCCAUCACUGGUAGAUGGCAGCACCAACUGGUGAUCUACACUCUUUGUAGAUGGCAGCACCACUACUGGUAGACUGAGACUACAUGUAGAUGGCAGCACCAGCUUGGUUCACCCUUUCUGUAGAUGGCAGUACCACCAGGCUGCUCCCACUAUGUGUAGAUGGCAGCACCAGUUGGUUGCUUUCACUAUUUGUAGGUGGCAGCACCAGCUGGCCAAUCCCACUGGUGGUAGCCCAUCUAGUUUUGUACAUGUGUAUGUUGUGUUCCUAAAAUGAAUACAAUAAAUUUUAUUUCAUGAAAGUUAA